GGAGGUAAAAUAUGGUUUCAGGUUAACAUAGGUGCGUCUAUCUAAAGUUAGCGUUCUAGUUAUACUUCGUUCAAUGGACAUGUCAAACAUUUAAUUACAAACCUUUAUCGUAUCGUGGCCGAUUUAAAAGGAAUUAGUUUCAAGAUCGACAUGCCGCCAUCCUUUUUUUAUUAUGGCGAAUUGUUGCACUUUAAUUCUGGAAAUUUAGGUGAUGAAAAUGGCCAGAGCUAUACAGCUUGAACCCUUUGACAAAGGUUCCCUGAAAAUGGCUCCAAUAAUCGAAAACAAGCCUUUGGAAUUAUUCCCGAGCUGGCGUGUCGCCCUUGGCAUGUUUGGUGUUUUGUACCUUAUCAUGGUCCUGUACUUUGUUCUGAAGCGAGUUAUCAAGAAAGAGGAAUUUACAGACUUCCCAUUAAAGAGGUUAUUCACAUUAUUUUAUUUAUCUAUUUGCUUUUCCGAAGAUUAUAACACAAUACUGACAUAUAGAGUACACGACUGUAUGCAAAUGCCGUGGUAGGAUUCCCCCUACCAAGACAUAAAUGGGAAACACCUUAAGGAGAACUAAGACUUCACAAAGGGAAACUGACGACGAGGAGGAUGAUAAUAAUGAUGAUAAUAAUAAUAAUAAUAAUGGUAAUAAUGAUGAUGGUGAUGAUGAUGGCAACAAUAAUGAUGAUGAUAAGGUAAUGAUGAUGAUGGUGGUGAUGAUAGUGAUGAUGACGAUGAUGGUGGUGGUGGUGAUGACGAUGACGAUGAUGAUGAUGAUGAUGAUGAUGGUGAUGAUGAUGAUGAUGAUGAUGAUGAUGAUGAUGAUGAUGAUGAUGAUGAUGAUGAUGAUGAUGAUGAUGAUGAUGAUGAUGAUGAUGAUGAUGAUGAUGAUGAUGAUGAUGAUGAUGAUGAUGAUGAGCUUACUCCAAUUUCUGUUUUCUCUACAGAAUAACGACACGAAGCAAACAAUUUUAGCCAAACUAUUUUAUUCUUUUGAUCUUAAUGGUAUGGGUAAAUAUUCCAAAUCCUUAUUGUUCUUAGGUUCAGUCUCAUGAACGCAUUUUCCGUCAUUGGCGUCUUAGAUAUGGUCUACAUCCCGGGAAUCAUUGCGGCCUUGCUGCAACUUGCGUAUGGCACUAAGUACAGACGAUUUCCGCGCUGGCUUGACCUCUGGAUGAAAUCUCGGAAGCAACUCGGAUUGAUUGCGUUGAUCUUGGCCGGCAUGCACGGGUGUAUGUCCACGUUGUACUGGUCGCCCGAAUACAAGAGCCGUCUUUACCAAAAAUCCUCAAUAACAGUAGGCAAGUACUCCAUUUCAUCAAAAACAGAAAAACAUUUAAAAAUUAUUGGAUGAGGCUGAGCAGGAUAUCAAAAUUUUUCAGAUCGAGAUUAGCAUUAUAUCUGCCGAAGCGAAGCUGAGGCAGAUAAUGCUGACCGAGGUCUGAAUAAUUCUGACAUCCUGCGUAAGCCGGAUUCAAUAAUUUGUUUAUUAUUAAUUCUGUAACAAGAACAAUCAAGUUGAAACCAAAACGAGCAGACGCAGCAGAAGCCAUUGUCAAAACAAAAUAAUUUUACAAAAUUUUCCGCUCUUUUCCAAUUCGUACAAAAUACCGCUGCAAAAAUACGCAGGCACCUACAGAUACGAUAUUUAUUUGUUAUGUUCACAUGCAGAUACGAUUUAUUUAUCAUGUCCAUGUCUGCACCGAGAUACGGAAAAUUAUCUGUAGGCUUUCAACCAAUACGAAAAAAUAGUACGAUGAAUAAUAUACCUCUGUCAUGGCUAGAUGCUAUAAAUAAUUGAAAUAAUAAUAUGACGUAAUCCUAAGUCCACCACACUCACAUUAUUUAUUCUCUUAAACUUUUAUACAGUUUGAAACAAUUUUAGAAGUUUUGUAACAUUUUAUUUAAUAAUUUUAUAUCCAUUGCACUUUUAAUGCUGUAGAUGGAUUAUUUAAAAUUUCAAUUGAAUUCCAAUUUUAUUUGAUCAUAUCCUUAUUUAUUUCUUUAUUUAUUUAAUUCGCCUAGUACAUAUUACAGUGGCAAGGAAUCCGCAACGGCGUAAUUGCCAAUUAUUGCGGGCCCGAAAAUGUUAUGCUAAUUUGUGCAAUAUAAAUAUUAAAAUAUUAUUAUUGUUAUCAUUUUAGCCAACGUUUCUUUGGUUGAAUACAAGAAGAUGUUCGCACAAGGAGAGGCCUUUCUUAGCCUUGGAGUUCUGGCGCUGACCUCGCUAUGCAUUCUGGGAGUGACGUCAUUACCGACAGUGUUGAACCGAAUGAGUUGGCGUGAGUGGAAUUUCGUGCAGUCAGGUCUGGGUUACUUUGCUCUGCUCUGUGCUUUGCUUCAUUUCACUAUCUUUGCUUACGAUGGUCUCCCCGAAUGGAAAGCCAAGCACUUUUUCUACCCUACUGUCUUGGUUGUAAUUAUUGGCUACAUUACGCUCCUUCUUCGACUAGUCCUGCUGACGCCUUGCCUGGCAAACAAAGUAGGAGAAAUCCGUGCAGGUUGGGAGAGGAAAAAUAAUGCAGUAGUUUAAUUUGUGUAAAGUUUACUGAUAAUGGACGACCGUUUUUGCCCCAAAUACAACCAAAAAUUGGAGGGGGUAAAUUCUUCCUGGUAUCGGCAGUCCUUCCUAACUUUACUCAUUAUUAUUAUACCAAAGAAAUAAUCGUACCUUUUUGUCUGAACUGAAAAUAGAGAUUUUGCUAAUUUUAAAUUAGGUUAUAGUUUAUUGAGAUUCAUGCUCAUAUACAAAUUAGAUUUAGAUCGUAAUAUAGUUUUCAUAUGAUAAUCUUAGUGAUAUUAAUUACAGGUGUGUAAGUCUUCGGCUGUAAAUUGUUUUUGCAGUCCUGAAAUAAAGCUGAUUGAUUGAUUAGUUGAUACGUUUCCAGCCAUUAUAAAGUAGUAUGGCAUAAUUAGACCUGAUUUCAAUUUGAUCGUUACGUACCUAGUCCUAGCUCUCGCCACCACAACAAGUGGUAUAGAUGUGAAAUAGUCUAAAUCUAUCUUGUCCUUUGUGUGCUGUAUGCAAAUCAGUCACUUUUCUGACGAUCUCAGAGAUAUAUUGACACUAUAUUACAUCGGUCACUUGAAAAGGUAGCGACAGCCUGCGAGAGGUAGCGACGAAAUAGAAACUAGGCUUUAAAAUAAGUAACUAAAAUCGGCUGUUUCACACUGAGCGCGUAGCGAAAUGAUUG